AAAAAAGUCGCAGUAGCCUUCUGCGCAUACCUACGAGAAAUUUAAGUAGAGUUCACAGGUAUACAUUUGACUUUUCAUUAAUGUUCCCAACCCUGGCCUGCAUAUUAUGUUGGUGGUUUCAACUCUUGCAAGCGUAUAUUUCAUGGCAGCAUUCAGUUGUCAAAACACGUGCACAAUUUUCAUCAAGUAUAUGUGUAGAAUAUUUAUUUUUGUAUAUUCUUUUUCUACAUUUUGUACAAAAAAACAGAAGCAUACAUUAUAAAUAGUGUUUGAAAAAUAAAUAUACAAAAUUUGUGAAAAAAUAAUUGUGUCUUUUGUUAGUUACGUUGUACUUUUAAGUUAAGAUUAUGAACAAUAAUUUCGAUCGUCACUUGUUGAUAUGCCGAAGUUGAUAAGAUAUAUAAAAAAAAAGUGUUUUUCAAUUAAUGAGAUCCUCUAAGAGUAGAUGAUUAUGGAUUCCAAAAGAAGACGUGAUACCUAUAAUGAGGAUUACGACAAACCCACAAAAGUAUUGAAAACAAACGAAUCUGAAGAUGAAGAAGUAAAUUAUUCUUUAACUGAGCAAGAUGUAUUUUAUGAAAAUGGUUAUGAAGACGAAGAGGAAGAAGAUCAAACUAUAUAUCCACCAGACUAUUUGCAGGAAGAAAGUGAUGAUGACAGAGUUGGAUCACAAAGCCCUAAGAAACAAUUGCUCAAUGAAAAUGGCAUUGAUACAAAAGCAUCAGGCUUGAAAUCUGCAAAGCGGAAAAACUCUUCCUUGGUCAUUUGCGAUGAAUCGAAACGACCGCGCACAGAAAUCAAUUGCGCGAAUUCUUGCUUCAAUUCAAAAGAUGAGUUUGAUGAAACGUUGACCAACGAAAUCGACAGUACCUGUGCAACUGAACAGUUUGCUUUUCACUAUUCUCAUCGUUUAAUUGCGUUAAUGUUCCGGUUGGAAUUGUCCAUUUUGUGCUUACUCAGAAAAUCUAGGCACAAGGAAAAGUAUUCGCCCGCAGUUGUCAAGUUUAAAAAUUCUCAAAGCGCUCACUUUCAUGAUGUUGUGCUUAGUCUUUCGGAAACUUGUUUUCGAGUUCAAGUUGAAUAUGUUGACAAGUUUUAUGUUGUCAAUGAACUUGGUUAUGAUAUAUUAUUUUCUAAAGUUAAAGGAAAUUUUUCAAUGAACAAUUAUCUUAAUAAUUUUGUCAAGAGCAUUAUCAACGAUUCAAAUUGUGCGGUAGAUCAGUCAGAGUAUUUUAUUGUCUACACGAAUUACGGAUUAGACAUCACAAUAGACGGGAAAUUGAAUCAGACUCGAGCCAGAAAAUUUUAUCCAUUCCAACUCAUUAGCGUAGAUUUUGACAAUGUCACGGGUUUUCAUGAUUUUUUGGUUACCAAUGGCCAUGACGACGAUGGCGAUGAUGAUGAGGAUGAUGAUUGUCAGAGGAGAGGAAAUAAAUGCGAGUUUUAUCAAUUUCUAAAAGAUGAUACGACUAGAGAGGAACUUUUGAGGAGGCUAGAUUUUUCCGCUCCCAUCAAGAGAGAAAUAAGUAACAGUGAAUUUUCGGAGGAAGUGUUGAAAGAAGCUUUUCUCGACAAAUUUGUUUUGGCAGUCAAUCAGCCGAGCAGAGAGAAACUAGCGACCAUCGUCAAGAGUGAAAUUGAAGAAAACGACGUCAUCAGUAAAGACUACACGAGGCUUAAAGAAAAGGUUUUGAAAAAGUUGUCAGCUCCCCUCAAUAAUAAACAAGUUGUGAAUUCUCUAACUGUGCCUGACAUUCUGUACAGUUUCAAUUUACUCGUGUUUUUCAUUCAUGACAUGUUUUUGCACAAAAAAGUUCUUUCCGUUAAUUUUGAAGAGAAAAAGUCCACUUACAAUAUCGAUGUCAAUUAUAAAGGUAAAAUUAUCUCAGUAAGAGCUUUUCAAGCGGAUAAUAAUAUCGAUUACGCUCAGUUGUUUUCUGCCAGGAGAAGGAGAGAAAGGGAUAUUUUUUCUAUUAAUAAGCACUUUUCUUCUUUUCUCGAAGACUCGGCGAAAGAUGUCAAGUACUAUUUACUCUACACAAACGGCAAACUCGAACUGACAACUGAGAACACAUUAAAGAAAGGGAGAUCAAAGGAUUACUGUUCAUUAAAAUUAACAGCUAUUGAUUUCGGGGAAAAGAAGUUUAAAAUGUUGAAACGUGCGUGUGUCAAUGAGAAAGGUCUCUAUCAGUUUGCCGAAGGAGAGACUAGGGAAAUAGUUUUCAAUCAGUUAAAGUUGCCGCUCUCUCUGCAAACUGAAAGAGACGAGGGAAGGCUUUCUAUUGAGCAGGAAAUGGAGUUGAAAGAAAAGUUUCUCGACAAGCUGGUUUUCGCCGUCGAUCAACUGAAGCCCGGAGAAGUGAGCGAAACGAUGAAAUCAGAAGUCGACUCGACUGACAGUCCCUACAGUUACGAAGAGUUGUGCGAAGUAGUUUUGCGCUGGCUGGAGUCCCGUGCGUUCGGACCAAUCACCAAAGACAUUGUGCGGGAGCUCUUGCAGGACGUAGAGUCUGGUCGGUCCAGUCUCCAGAAAGUUGAGAGCAGCAGCAGAACGGCGGAAAUUAAUUUCGCCAAGAGCAUCGUUGGCAGCGAGGGGACCGCUGCAUUCAAUCAGUUCCUGCAGUUUCUGUUCGAAGAGGAAGGCUCCCACUACUUGGCCGUGCUGAAGAGACACGACAUAAGUGCCAACAACUUGUCCAGCAUCUUGGGCGCGUCAGGGGGCAAGGCGGCGGCAGCCUUCAAAGAGUUGUGCGACCUGUGGUUCGACAAGCAGGGAAACAAGUCACAGUACUUGAAGACUUUGGAGCGCGAGAAAAUAAGUCUGUCCACCAUUUCUAGCAUUUUGAAUAAAUCGAAGUCGGAGGCGCCGAACGCAUUCAAGAACCUCUACCACACGUGGUUCGACAGCGAGGGGAGGAAGACUCGAUAUCUGAAGACUCUGAAGCGGGAGGGAGUCAGUCUGACGACCGUGGCCAGCAUUCUGACGGGCACGAGGGCCAAGGCGCCGGCCGCCUUCACCCAACUCUACGACCUGUGGUUCGACGAGGAGGGCAACAGGACGCAGUGUCUGCAGGCUCUGAGCAAGGAGAGCGUGAGCCUGACCAACAUGUCGAGCAUCCUGAGCGGGGUGGGCGUCAGAGCGCCCGCCGUCUUCCAGGAGUUGUAUCGCCUCUGGUUCGACGAGACGGGAGAAGAGACUCGGUACCUGAAGACGCUGCGGAGGGAGGAGGUGAAGCUGUCCAAGAUGUCGAGCAUCCUGAGCGGCGCCGGUGCGAAGGCCCCCGCCGCGUUCGAGGAACUCUACAGUCUGUGGUUCGACGAGAGCGGCAAGAAGACGCCGUACCUGAAGACCCUCGAGGAAGAGGGAGUCAGUCUGAGCAGUCUCUCCAGCAUCUUGCACGGGUCGGGAGCGAACGCAGGGAAGGCUUUCAGAAACCUGUACUACCUCUGGUUCGACUCGGAGGGAAAUAAAACCCAGUACCUGACGCACCUGGAGGAGACGGAGGGAAUCAAGUUGUCGAAUGUGUCGAGCAUUCUGCACGGCGCGGGCGCGAACGCAGCCAAGUCGUUCCGGAACCUGUACCACUUGUGGUUCACUCCGAUCGGCAAGCGAACUCACUACCUGACGACGCUGGCGAACGAGGGCAUUUCGCUGUCGAGCGUCGCGUGCAUCUUGCACGGCGUCGGCUCCAACGCGUCCUCGGCCUUCAAGGAGUUGUUCAACUUUUGGUUCGACGCGGAGGGCGGAAAGUCGCACUACCUGAAGAACUUGGAGGCGAAGGGAAUCUAUCUGAACACCAUUUCGAGCAUUUUGGGCGGAUCGGGCAACAACGUCGCGGCCUUCAAGACCCUCUACGACCUGUGGUUCGACGAGGACGGCAGCAAGACGCUCUACCUGGAGGCUCUGGAGAAGGAGGGGAUCAGCCUGAUGAACGUGUCGAGCAUCCUGAGUGGGUCUGGAACGAAGGCGGCUGCGGCGUUCACGGAUCUGUACCGACUGUGGUUCGACGACGCAGGGAACGUCACGAAAUUCCUCGGCAGUUUGAAGGACGAGGGAAUAAAUUUGGCGAAUAUUUCGAGCAUUCUGCACGGAGCUGGAACGAAUGCGGCGAAGGCUUUUCGAGACUUUUACUACUUGUGGUUCGAUCGGGAUGGAAACAAGACGGACUGCUUCAGGGUUCUUCAGCGGGAGGAGGGAAUCAGUCUGACCAACUUGUCCAGCAUUCUGAACGGGUCAGGUGACAAGGCGGCCGAGACUUUCACGAGCAUCUUCCAGCUUUGGUUCGACGAAGACGGCAACAAGACGCAAUACCUGCGAGUCCUGGAGACGGAGGGGGUCAGCCUCUCGAACGUUUCGAGCAUUUUGCACGGCGCAGGUUCGAAGGCGCCGAGAGCAUUCAUGCAACUGUGCAGAACCUUCUUCGACGAGAGGGGCAAGCAGAAAAACUAUUUGAAGCACUUUAUGGGAAGAAAAGCUGACGGCGACUACAAGCCCUUUAAGAUCCACAACUUGUCGAGUAUUUUGAGCAGAACGGGGAUGAAUGCCACGGACGCUUUCAGAGGGUUGCACGACUUACUUUUCGACAAUGAAGGCAACAGGUCGGAAUUGUUGACUCACUUUGACGAAGCAGGCUUCAAGCCCAGCAAUUUGUCGUCCAUUCUGAGUGGAACGAGAACUCGCGCUCCGUUUCUUCUCAAGAAACUCCACUGCAUUUGCUUCGAUGAGAACGGAGAAAUAUCGCCAAUUUUGAGGGACUUUUUUAGUGUCCGCUUCAAACCUGGAAAUCUCUGCAGCCUCCUGAGUGGAGCGCCAAACCAUCUCGAAAAGUUUCACGAGUUUUGUUUCAGCGACGACACGAAGCACUAUUUGAACGAUUUCUUGAACGAUGAAGGGGGCUUUUCUGUGAGUAACUUGACGAAAAUACUGCACGCAUCGAGGGUCAAUGUUUGUACCGCUUUCGAAGACUUCCACAACGUUUGCUUCGACCAAGAUGGAGAGAAGUCGAAGAUCUUUACCGACUUCCUGAAAGCGGGCUUCACUGCGAAAGAGUUGUCCAACAUACUGUCAAUGUCCGCGAGCAAUGCCUCGCUCGUGUUCGUCAAUUUCCACGUGGUUUGUUUCAAGGACAAUUACCUGAAUGACUUCUUGUCCGAGGAAACCGUCUUCACGGCCAGCGAGUUGUCCAAAAUAUUGUUUGGAGUCGGAGUCAAUGUCUGUCCCAUAUUUGAAAAACUGCACAACUUUUGCUUCGACUCGCAAAGAGAGAAGAGGAAAAGGUUCAAGAAAAUAAUAAAAAGUGGAUUAAACGUGACUCAAGUGUUACGUGACAUCGUGGUGAAGACGCGAGCACUGUUUCUAGAUGAGGAUUUGCUGCAACAACAAAAUAAUGAGAUGGACAUGGAUUUGUCGGGAAUGAAGAGUUUGUCCAGGAAUACAGGCGUUAAUUUGACAGUGGAGGAGAGAACCGAGAAUCUAGUGAAUUUCCUGAAGGCAGUGCCCUCACUGAAAACGGGAAUACUUCCGGGUCUCAGGAGGGACACCUUCCUCAAGCGACUGUGGCUCGCCAUCAACGAUUUUAAACCUUACAAACUGAACAGAAUCAUUAAGGAGGAAAUCGACAGGCACAGAAUUCUUCUCACUGAUGAGGAAGUGCAGAAAAUAAUGAUUCGUUCCUCCGAGUUUUACAAAUUCAGCCCUGUGUCCAAGGAAGUCAUGGACAGGCUAACGGAGGAGAUAAAAGGCAACAAAUUCGAGUCCGAAAUCCAGGUGAGAAGCAUCAACGAGGAGAUGAAAUUCGGCAGAGGCAUCGCGAUCGAGGGAACUCCUUCGUAUUACGCGCUGCUGGAGUUCUUGGUGAAAGGCGACGGGAAGAAGUACUUGGACGUGUUGAAGAGGCAGGGAAUCAGUCUCGGCGGCAUGUCACUUAUAUUGAAAGGAUCGUUGACCUUGUCGGUGAAGAGCUUCAGGGAGCUGUACAACUUGUGGAUCGACGAGAAAGAAAAUAAGUCUUAUUACUUGAAGAAUUUGGAAAAUCAAAGAAUAGACUUGUGCAGACUCACGAGUAUUUUGCACAGCGCAGGUCCAGUCGCCGCAAGUGUUUUCCGAGAGUUUUACAAUCUCUGGGUCGACUCUGAAGGAGAGAAGACGUUCUACCUGAAGACUCUGGAGCGAGAAGGCAUAAAUCUGUCGACCGUUUCGAGCAUUCUGCAUGGGUCGGGCAGCAAUGCCGCGAGAGCCUUCAAGGACCUCUACAGCCUCUGGUUCGACGACGAGGGCAACGAGACGCAGUGCCUGAAGAGUCUGAAGAAGCACAAAAUCCGCCUUGGCCACAUGUGCACAGUGCUGUGCGGGUCCGGCUCCAGAGGUGCGGAGAAUUUCAAGAGUCUCUACGACCUGUGGUUCGACGAGGAGGGCAACAAGAGGCAGUACCUGCUCACUCUCGAGGCGAACAAGAUCAAUGUCUCGUGCAUUGCUAAAAUAUUGACAUCGGCGAAAAACAAUGCGGCGCAAGCGUUCACAACUUUGUACCAGCUGUGGUUCGACGCGGAGGGAAACAAGACUGAAUUCCUGACGAGCCUGGAUCGCGAGGGAAUCAGUUUGGCCGUCGUCGCCAGCAUUCUGACUCGGUGCGGCGUCAGCGCCGCGGAGGCUUUCAGAGAACUGUACCACCUCUGGUUCGACGCCCAGGGCAACAGGACCCAAUGUCUGGAGAACUUGAGCAGGGCCGAGAUAAAAGUGAACGACGUCUGCAAAAUCGUGCGCGGGGCGGGCGCCAAGGCCGGGCAAACGUUCAAGGACCUGUACGACCUGUGGUUCGACGAGCAGGGCAACAAGACCCAGCAGCUGACCACCUUCGAGAAGAACGGCAUUACCAUAGGCAGCAUUUCGUGCGUCUUGACGAAAACCAACACGUUCGGGCCCAAGAUCUUCAGGGAAUUGUACAGCUUGCUGUUCGACGCCAACGGAAAGAAGACGCUCUACUUGCGAGUCUUGGACAAGGAGAACAUAAGUCUGAACACUUUCACCAAGAUGCUGCUGGGAAUAAAGAUCAACUUCGUCAAGAUUUUCAAGGAGAUAUUCCACUGCUGGUUCGACGAGGAAGGGAACAAGAACCACUGCUUGACGAUUCUCGAGGAAAGCGGCAUAAACGUAACCUACCUGUGUGCCAUUCUGUUCGGCUCGGGUGUGACGGUCAAGAAGACUUUCUACAAUCUGUACGACCUUUGGUUCGACGAGGAAGGGCGGAAGACUCACUACCUGAUGGCUCUGGAGAAGGAAGGCGUGAGGCUCACCAGUCUGUCCAACAUCUUGUACACUUCCGGCAGUCACGUGGUGAGGAUUUUCCAGGACCUUUUUGAUCUUUGGUUCGAUUCAGAGGGAAACAAGUCCGAGAACGUGGAGCGUCUGCAGAAGGAGGGAAUCAGCCUGAGCGAAGUGUCUCAGAUUUUGCAGAAUGCCGGCGUUCAUGCGGCAAAGACUUUCCAGGACCUGUGUGACUUUUGGUUCGACUCGGCCGGCGAGAAGACUCCGUACCUCAGGGCCCUGGAGAGGGAGGGAAUCACUCUGAGCGACAUGUCUGGCGUUUUGUACAAGUGCGGAGGCCAGGCGGCCAAAACUUUCAAGCAGUUGUACCAUUCUUUGUUCGACAAGAGCGACAACAAGACUUUACUCUUCCAGACUUUGGAGAGAGAAGGAGUCGACCUGAAGAGUCUCUGCGGCAUCAUCAGCAGAACGCGGAUGAAUUCUCCGUCAGUCUUGAAAGAAUUGUACGAAUUGUGGUUUGAUAAGAGUGGACAGAAGAGGAAGCACGUCCAACUUUUCGAGAAGGAGGGAGUCAAGUUGGGCAUUAUAAGUCGCGCCUUGAGUGGAACGGAGUUGAAGGCCGUCGGCGUGUUUAAAAAUCUCAACAGUCUGUGUUUCACUAAGCAGGGCAACAAGUCGAGGUACCUGGAGACUUUCGCGAAGGAGGGAAUCGACCUCAAUCACGUUUUGAGCAUUCUAGUCGGAGCCGGAAGCAAUCUCUGCAAAGUGUUUGUGGAUCUGUACAAUCUGUGGUUUGACGCGCAGGGCACCAAGACGCAGUACCUGACAGUCCUGGCCAAGAACGGAUUCUCUCUGCUGAAUGCGUCCAUUAUCCUCGCCGGGGCUGGAACGAAGGCUGUCAAGGCCUUCAGAAAAUUGCGUGACAUCUUCUUCGACGAGGAGGGCAACGAAACGCAACACUUGAAGAGCUUUCUUGAGAAAACGGACUUGACGUUGGACGACUUGUCGGGCAUCCUGAGCGGGUCGGGCAGUCACGUGCAGGACGCUUUCGAAAAUUUCCACAGAACUUGCUUCGAUCGCAAGGGCAAGAAACCGUCACUGUUGCUAACGUACUUUUUGAAUGCAGGCUUUCGAGCGAGGAACUUGUCUUGCUUGUUGAUCGGCUCGGGAGUCUCUGCGUCCGCGAACCUGAAACAACUGCACAGAACUUGCUUCAAUCACCAGGGCGACGUGAAAUUGGUCUUGAAUGACUUUUUCGACGCCGGCUUCACGAGAUUCGACUUGUGCUUCAUAAUCGGCGGAGCGUCCGCGCACUUGAACGAGUUUCACGACUUUUGCUUCGCGGAAGAGACGACGGGAUACUUGAGGGACUUUCUGCACGCCGAGGAAUCCUUCACCGCCAGUCAUUUAUCUGCAAUUCUGAAUGGAUCUGGAUCCAAUAUUUGCAAUACUCUCAGAGACUUUCACGACGUUUGUUUUGCAGAUAAUGAGAGCAGCGCACUUCUCAAUGACUUUCUCCAAGCGGGCUUCACGCCCAGUCACUUGGCCAACAUCCUGGCAAUGACGGGGAGCAAGGCUCCUUCUCUGCUUCAACAUUUCCACCAAUUGUGUUUCGGUGAGAUCAAUUAUUUCAACAAUUUUCUGUCUGUGAAGAAAAUCUUUAAACCAAAAAAUUUAGCAAAAAUGCUGGAUGGAUCAGGAAGGAAUGUGUGUUGUGUUUUCGAAAAGUUGCACAAUCUGUGCUUUGACGAGAGUGGAGAGAAAACUCAUUACCUAAGGGAUCUCUUGAGCAAUGACAAGAAGGUGAUUCUGGAAAAAUUAAUCAAGAAGGCCAGAAAACUUUGUGUUAAAUUAAAUUGUUGUGUGUCGCUAGAAGAGAGUAUCAUUAAAUCUUAUAGAGUUCAUGAGUAAAAUAGUUUAUAUUAUUUAAUGUUAUAUAAGAGUAAUGUUGGGAAUUUACAAAUAUUUUGUUAUAGUUUAUAAGAACAGAGAAAAAUAUGUCAUGAAUUCCAGAAAAAAGUAUCUCAUAAUGAAGUGAACGAAAAUAUUUUCAUAUAACAUUGUAUAAAUCAUUCAACUAUUAUUAUUAUUAUUAUUAUUUCGACAAUAAUCUACAGAAGAUUGCAAGUGUAAUAUUAGAUAUAUAUAUCUCAGGAAUUUAAUAUAGAAUUGAACAAAAGUGCAAGAAUCAAGCGAAAAUUGAGUGUUUUUACGAAACUAACAGAGUGAUAAUGUUACACUGUAUAUGUAUAUAUUUUUAUACAAGCGUCAAAUUGUAAAACAUUUGUUAAUAAAUGUAUUAUAUUUUAA